AUGUCGGAUCGUCAUUGGGCGUGCGGGCCCUGGCCCGCGCUCAAGGCUGCAACAUUUUUCGUUGCUGCAGCCUUAUUAGCCCUUUCUUCACCUACUUCAGCUGAUUAUCUAGCCCAAACAAGCGAUGUGAAGGUUCAGGAGGAGGUUUCUGGUCAGACAAAGUGGAAUGUUGAACUUGAGUCCCUCCUGGGAGGCAGGUUUGAGGCGGGGCUUACGUCACUAAGAAAAGGAUUGGGGGCAAUCGGAAUCGCCUCUGCUAUAGCAUCAAUACUAGUCUUUUUUAUCAUUCUCGGACACACACACGCUACACAGACGGAAGAUCGGUCCGAGCGGACGCGCAAAGACUUGGCAGUGACAAAUGCAAUGCUGCCACUGCCAAACAUCGGCCAACAAGUCGAUUCGAUUUUGUACGUGCCUGUGACUCCUACGAUUUGUGGGCGGAAGAUGGUGGUUAGGGCAUCGACUAUACGCGACCUUGAGCGAUAUGGUGGAUUCAAGCGCAUGUGA